UGGUGUUUGAAAUUGAAGUGACAGUAUGUAUCUAGGUACGCAGCAAGAAGUGGAUGUACCUGUGAAUCCUGUUGGAUACAGCAUUUGUCCUAACUUCUGAUAUUCUCAACUGGAGAUAGAAAUGAUGAGACCGACGAUUUUGAUAUUAUAUGGACUUAUACUUAUGGAGGUAAAACUUCAAUCAGCUCUGAAUAUUACUGAAUGCUCGUCGGGAACGAUAACUGUAACGGAGGGCAGCAACAUCAGCCUCACGUGCAGUCUGUAUAAACGACAACUAGAGUGGGACUUUUCUCCUGACUACCCAUCACGAUUCUACAUCGGAAAGUGCAAUAGAAGGUUGUGUUACAUCCCAAAACACCGACAGUUUAGGAUGUAUGCCUCGUUUGCUCAGCGGCAUUUUCCUUUCUACAAAGGCACGCUUGAAAUUGUGAAUGUCAACAGACAGGAUCCUUCCAUCUUCCGGUGCUCGGACCCCGACACAAAGGAAAUCGCCUCAUGUAGGAUUCAAGUAAUAGCUUCUGCUAGCAUCGUUCCCGGCACCUGCCGCGUGACGAUACACAGCUGGCACGUGCACGGCACAUGCGCUGUAGAAGGAAUGUUGACUUCAAACGUUCUUCACACGUGCUCUUGGCUAUUAAACAAUAGUGACCAGAUCGAAAGUGGUUUUGAAGAUUCUCUGAGUCAAUACAUAUUUGACAAUAUUAAUUAUUGGAGAGGAAGCUGCUCUUUCAGCACGAUAAUGCCAGUAGCCCGAGGGAGGUAUACCUACAGCUUUGCUAUAAAUCCACCCCAACCAAAGUUUUUCUCAAGAACCAUUGAAAUAGUGCCUCCAGGAGAACCUCACCACGAUUGUCCAGAAGUUGUAAAUGAACAAUCUACAGUCAGCUGCAAAUGCACCUCCUUAAACCCAGGAUCGCCUCCAGCGGAAAUAGUUUGGGAUGGAAUGUUUGAUAAUAGUAAUACUUUACUUAUUCAAACUGUGGAACAGCAAAGUACAGUCAACAGUUAUACAUGUCGGCUGACAUGGGGUCCAGAAGGAGUUAUCAACCGAACAGUUGUUUAUACCUUUAAAGUAGUAGCAAACCACUGCGAAUUUUGUGCCUGGGGUACUACAGGCACUGCCACUUCUCGUAUCACAGGUACUGUCACUUCUGGAACCACAGGCGCUGUCAUCUCUGGAACCACAGGCACUGUCAUCUCUGGCACCACAGCCACUGUCAUCUCUGGCACCACAGGCACUGUCAUCUCUGGCACCACAGGCACUGUCAUCUCUGGCACCACAGGCACUGCCACUUCUGGAACGACAGGCACUGUCAUAUUUGGAACCACAGCCACUGUCAUAUCUGGCACCACAGAAAACAAACCUAGUGCUGGGUCGGCAGUUCUAAUAGGAACAACUGUGGGUGUUCUUGCUGCUCUGGUUAUUAUCAUUUUCAUUAUAUUGAUGAUCAUACGUCUAAAAUGUCCAGUAUACUGCAAGGCAAAAAGGCCUCUAAGCGAAGAACACACUUACGACGACAUCGCAGAUGUUGAACAAAGUCCACACUAUGACAGACUCACAAGACAAGAAACAGAUGAACAUCACUACGAGACUGCUGCCAAUGUAGGCGGGAAUUGUUCUAAAACUGCAGGCAAGCAACUAAGUAUUUAAAUCAUUACUAAUUAAAC